UCCAAUUGCGGAUGCUCUUGCGCAAAUCGAGCAACCAACCUUAAUCCUUGGCAUCGAAAGCGACGGACUAUUUACCUUUGACGAGCAAAAAGAAUUGGCCAGUUACAUACCCAACGCACGAUUGCGAAAGAUAGACUCUCCAGAAGGACAUGAUGCAUUCUUACUUCAAUUCGAGCAAGUCAACCAACACAUCUUAGACUUUCUGCGAGAGGUCUUACCUGAUAUUAUGGAGGCUCCUGGAAAUACAGAUGUUGCUGCUGAGGAUGGAGUGGGUGCUGUAACGAAGAAUAGCACGUUUGGUGAAGCGGAGGUUGAGGAUAUGACCGCAUGCAAUCUCAACACCUUGAGCUCGAUCUCCUCGAUCGCAGCCGCACCACGCAGCUUGUACUGGAUGAAGACAACACUUCCAAUCACCGCUUCUUCCUCUCUCAUCUGGCGAUAUACAGACGAACCUUUCGGCCAACCUUUUCCCACGAGAUUUACAAUCGUACUUCACAUUUCCCAUACACGCGUCUUCUGUUCACGAUGUGUACCUUUACAACAUCCCACCACUCAUCCUGUAACUGCGUGGUCUCCCGCACCACUACUCCGUGCCCCGAGGCUUCCGAGCUUGCAGGCCCGGGGGCGUACCGCGGAUCUAUCUGUCCUGCUUUUGAGCAUGUUAAGGUCGUCCUCGACGAAGGUGAGGCGAAAUGUUACAAGCAUCGCGACGGAGAGCCUGCAGCCCAAAUGAUGGGUGGAAUGCCGGAGAGGAAGGGAAGUGUUGGUGAGGCUGGAGCUGGACUUGGAUCCGAUGUUAUGGGUCGAAGUUUGGAGAGGAAGGGUAGCCAAGAUGAGACUGGGGCUGGACUUGCUUUCUCCGUUCGCCCGGAGAAGAAGAGAAGCCAAGGUGAGGUUGGACUUGUACUCGGUAGGAAGGGAAGCAGGGCUGUCCGGGUCAAAGCCGGCAAGGUCAGGGAAAUGGUGAGGAAGUUUGAUGGAGCUGCUGUUCAAGAGGAGCCAGCGAGCGAGAUCAAUACUACUACGAAGGGAGCCCACAUGGAUAGCAAAAGGAAGGAGAUUGAGGGCAAGAUGAAUGAGAUGAAAGCCAAGGAUGGCAUGGCGACGAAGAUUAACAGAACUUCUGGACCAAGACACUCAAGUACGAAGGUCAGAGGAACUCCUAGCCAAGAUGAGGAACGCAAGAAGACAUAUGAAGGCAUUCUGCAGGCAUACAGCAGUUGGGAGAUUAAGAGAGCUUCAGGACCAAGGGAUGGCGAUGCGGCAAGCGUUCAAUCUCUGACCGAUUCUGAAUUCGACGAGAUCUUCGGCUUCAAGGACAUGACUCAAAGCACCAACGAAUUUCUUGACCACUACUCCGUCGCUCUUCAUUCGAUCUCACCUCUUGACCAAGAUACAGCCGAAGGAGAGGAUUCUUGCAUCGCUGACAUCGCCAAUCUGUUCAUCGAGUUCCUCGCUCCCAACUCCGCCGUUGCUGAGACCAUCUUACCUCUCGCUCAAGUCAACACCACAACCGAGCUCGAUCAAAUUCCCACCCAAGAAGAGUUCCCCAUUCAUGGCCCCCGCGUCUCACCCAUCGCUGGAGAAGAUUCCUACCUUGCCGGCCUCGCCGACCUCACCGACUUGGUCAUCGAGGCUCCCUCUCAUAAUCCCACUAUUCCUGAAACCAACUCAACUCUCACCCAAGCCUCCACCACAAUCGAGCUCGAUGAAGAUAAAAUCCCAGUCCAGGGAGAUUUCCAAAUCAAGGCCCCCCGGCUCUCAACUCUCGUACGCCAAUACUCUGGCCUCGUCGCCCCCACAGGCGAACUCGACGAGCCCUCAUUCCUAGAAGCCAACUUUAACCCAAUGUCCCGGUUCUCAACCGUUGUACGGCAAUAUUCCGACCUGGUCUCCCCAAUAACCGAUCUUGACAACGCUAUCCACGCAGCAAACAACUACUCCGCUUCCUCCCCCUCAACCGCCUCAUCCCCCAGCCAAUCACCAGACCCCGUUACCCCUUCCCACGAACACCUUGCCUAUCUGGACUCACCAUCCACUACACCGCUCCUCCUCCAAAUCCCCACGCAUAUCGGCCACAAAGCCAAGCUCUCCAAUGCCUCAUCGAGUUACCCCGACGACGAAGCUGCUCCCUGUAAAUAUCGGGGCAGCCAUUACCGCUUUUCUAACUACGACAACAACUCAUCUGAAGAUAUUCCUCCCCCUGGAUGCCACCCCCACCAUAAAUCCAAGCACUCUUACGCCUCGUCGACCUACUCUGACAACCCCGAGAACAAUAAUGAUCCGCCCCUCCUAAAAUACCACCACCAUACUAACCAAACUGAUUCCGGCUUCUCCUCGUCCUUUGACUCUGACCCGUUUUACAUUAGUACCUUCAACGCAACAUCCCCACCAGCAUUGACGCCGCAGACUUCGUUCGGUGAUGAUUUCAAUGGCCAAGAAACUGCAACCACCUCUACACCAAAUACGUUCACGCCACAAACCUCGUUCGGUACCGACGGGUCGAACGACGCAUAUCAAGAGUGGGAGUGGGAGGAUGAAGAAGUGGAAGACGAAAACGGAGAAAACGACGGCCGGCAGAGUUUGAUCAAAGACUAUAUUCCAAUCGAUGGGACGGUUUGGAACUGGGAUGGCAGCCGCUGGGUUGGACAACGGGAGGACGGUAGCUUUCUUUUUUAGGGUGAAGCAUGGAGAGAGUUUGCAUUUUGAGUGUAGAAGAAAGUGAAAGUGGAAAGAAGAUGUGGAGGUGUGUCUUCUA